GUCUUUCUUGUCCCCGGUCUUUUUUCCCUUUCACUUGCGUUCCUCGGCCCAAAGUCUCGACUGUAAACACGGAAAGAAAGAAUUCUCAUCCACAUUCAUUUUCAGCUUUCAUCGGUUUCGUUGUUCUCUUCGUGUGUGUGUGUGUGUGUGUGUGUGUGUGUGUGUUUCACGAUGCCCUCUCAAACGUCGUCGCAGGAUCAUGAGACGCCACCGCUGCCUGCGCGUCCCGCCGGCAGCAAAGCCACCUCCUCUCGUCGCUCCUCCUACGGCAUGCUGCUGAGCGGGCGGUCAAACGGUGGGGCGCAGGCGACGGCGGCGCUUCGCCAGGGCGCCUCACACAAUUUGCCCUCCAGCGUCGGGCACUUCCUGCGCCUGUGCAGCGCGCCGAACUCCGCUGCGGCUCGUAAGGAGCUGCGCCGGCAGCUGCUCCUUCUGCGCGACCACUGCGUGGGCGUCAACAACAGGAUCAAAGGGGCGGAGCUGCUCUCGCAGGGCGGCCGCGGCAUCUCCAAGAAGGUGGAGGCGAGGGCGGACUUCAACAGCUGCCUCCACGUCAUUUUCGCCACCUCCUUCGUCUUUGCGGACGAGACGGAGGACAUCGCGAAGGACACCCUGCGCGACAUCAUCGCGAAGCUGAAGGUGGCCGAGGACUGCGGGGACGAAACGGCGUUCCGCGCCGCGAUCAUCGAGGUGGUGAACAGCGUGCUGCUCUGCAACCCGUUGAUUCCGGCCGUGAAGGCGGCGGUGGAGCACGAGGAAACAGCAGAAGAGCGUCAUAAGCAGCAAGAGGGGGAGGAUGGUGCCGACGGCGCAGCGGAGCCGCAGCUGGAGGAUGAUUGCUUGGACUUCUUGACGGUGGAGGACGGCGUUCCCGUGCUGCUGGAGAGUCAGUGGCGGCACUGGCUGGACUACUUCGAGGAGGGCUACCUGUGUUACGUCGAGAAGCUGAUUGAGGAGCAGAAGCACGAGCAGGCCGACGCGGCCGCUGCUGCUGCUGCUGCUGCGCCGGACGCGGAAGCCGAUGCGGAGGAAGAAGAAGCCGACGGCGAUGCCGCCACCGCCGCCGUCCCUGUCAUAGAGUCCGUGCCCAUCCUCACGGCUCACGAGAGCUACUGGAGGUCGACGAGGAGCGCCUACGCGCAGUUCAGCUACCUGCUGCUCGCCAUCUUCUUUGUGCGUACGAAGGACUUCUCGCUGAAUUACCUCGCACGGGUGCACAAGCUAGUGCAGUACUACGCCUAUCAGCUGGACUCGGCGGCCGGCGAGCCGAUUGCGGUGAAGGAGGCCGACGACGCAGAUCCGGAGAAGGGAGACGAAGAGGCGGAGGUGAGCCACGGCAACGACGCGAGUGUGCAGACGGCAGCGCCGGAGCCGGAGGAGGCAGCCGAAAAGCAAGUGGAGGAGCACAGGGAGGAAGAGGUGGUGGGCGAGGCCAUCCGCACCCUGCCCCAGCCGGAGUUCGACGAAAGCGUCACCCGUCGCACCCGCCACUCCACGCGCCGCUCCGUCCUCCCGGAGCACACACCCAGCAUGACGGUCGCGCCCGAGCCGAGCAGGACGCCGCGCCGCCGCACCCACAGGUGCUUUGCAACGGAGGAGCUUCCGCAGGAGCUGCGCCCGUCUGCCGAGGCGGUCCGGGAGGAGGAGGAGGAGGCGACGGACAAGGACGCGGCGGCAGCGGCGAACUCGCACGUGCCCUCGGUGCGACGCACGACGCGGCUCGACAUCGCUGAGGUUUCCAGCAGCCGCCAGCGCGAGAACGCGAAGGCGGAGGGUGCCAUGAUGGCGAUGGAAGACACGCGGGAAGAGGCGGCCGUGGCUAAGGCGCAGGAGGAGCUCGAGGAGGCCGCGGAGGGGGAGCGCGUUGCGCGGAACGUGGAGGAUCUCCGCAACGAGGCGGCGGUGGAGGCUUUGGCGAAGGAGGCGGAUGCGCACGAUGAGGUCGAAGAGCUGGCGCGUGAUGCCGAGCAGAAGAAAGACGCGGAUGACGAGCUGUGA